UAUAAUUUAAACAGGGCUUUAAAGAUGUAUUCAGAUGAAGAACAAGGAGACUUUUUAGACGAGGUCGUCAGGACUCCAGCUGAGUUAGAAAGAGAAGAGUUUGAAAGAAAAAGGAAAGGGACACUUCAUGGAGGAGCGAGAAGAGAUGCUCUUAUGGGUCAUAAAAAGAUGUCAAGACCUGGUUUUGGGAACAACAAAAGGAAUUUGAGACAAGAUUCCAGAGGUAUUGUUUCUAAGCAUAAACCUUAUAAAGUCAAAACAAACCAAGCACAGAAAGAAUUUAAGCUAUCACAAUGAAAUGUUCCGGGCUGUGGUAAAAUUUUCCACGAUGCUAGUUCUUUAAGAAAGCAUAUGAUGACUCAUGGUGAAAGGCAAUAUGUUUGUGCUGUUGAAGGAUGUGGGAAAAGAUUUUUAGACAACUCUAAGUUGAAAAGACAUCAACUUGUUCACACAGGAGAAAAACCAUUUAAAUGCGAAGUUUGAGGGAAAUGCUUUUCAUUGGAUUUCAAUCUCAGAACUCAUCUGAGAACACAUACAGGAGAAAAACCUUACAUUUGUACCUAUCCUGGAUGUGGGAAAAGAUUUACACAGAGCAGUAACCUAACAGCACAUGAGAAGACACAUAGGUAAAA